CGCACAUCUUACAAUUAGCUCUAAUUCGAAUUAGCACUGAUAAAUUGUCACUAUCACUGUUAUUUCUCUCUAUCGUUCUCGUUACGUGGCUAAGUCUCGACUGCCUGACGAAAACGCCCCGCCGCUACAGAUUCGUUAAUAAUGCAUGGCCAAAGUGUCCGGCAAUUCUUUUCUCUUUCAGCGACGGAAUUUUUUAGCGAUAGCAAAAAGUAUCUGCAAGCUGUGCGCUUUCCACGGUUCUAAUAAAAUUUUCAACGGUUUGAUUCGCUUUGUCUUCUUAUUACGAACGGAAGAAGUUUUUUUCUCAUACGCCGCGGUUGCGUCUGUUCAUCUGCAAGAUCUUCGCCGGCGAAAGGAGAGAUAAGCGAAACGUAAAAAGUAUAGUUCUUCCGAUCAUUGAACUCGUUUUUGCGCACUCGUCGUUAUAAUUUAUACAUCAUACCCUUUCGCCAAAUGAACACUUUGACAAGACGAUAAUAUUCCAUGUUCUUUCUGGCUGCUGCAAUAUUUACGACGGUGCAACGUAUCGCGUUUCAAGAAUUUCGUCGGAAGCAUGCGUGAUAAUAAGCCUCAAAAAGUGGGGAUAGUAUCGUAGACGAAGGAAGACCAGUAAGCCUUUGACCAAUGGAUCGUUCAAACGAAUAUAAUGAUUUAAAAUGGGCGAUUGGUUUGAACCGUUACCUGCUGAAAAUCAUCGGUUUGUGGCCGGAGGAGACUAACGAUCAGCAUGCAGAAUUAUCGUCGAACUUUUGGCUGCUAUUGAAUAUCAUCAUGUUAAUUUUCGUAUUGACAAUACCGGCAGUAGUGUCGCUAAUCAGAGUAUGGGGUGAUAUGAUACUGAUGAUAGAUAAUUUACAAUACACCCUGCCACUUUUCAUAGCGAUACUGAAAGUCUUCAUCAUGUGGUACAAGAAAAGAGCUUUAUCGCCGUUGGUUGACAUGAUUAUAAAAGACUGGAUGAGAAUAAAGCUAGAAAAAGAGCGAAGUGUCAUGCUAAAGCAUGCCAGAAUCAUCCGCUCGCUAGCCAUAUGUGGAAUACUCAUGAUCCUUCUCACAUUGAUGGUGACCAUCAGCUGUUUCUUUUCUGGUCGAACGCUUAGGCAUAUCACGAAUCUUACCGACCCGGCUGGGAAGCCUAUGCUGAUCCAAACAUAUUAUCUGCACGAUAUAUCCAGCAGCCCGAAAUACGAAUUAACGUACUUUAUACAAAUAAUCGGACUGUCUCUGUCCGGUCUCUCUUAUACCGCAGUUGACAACUUCCUCGGACUUCUGAUCUUACAUAUAUGCGGCCAGAUGGAAAACCUGCAUCUGCGACUAUUGAAUCUGGGAAAGGAUCCGGAUUUCAAAGCGGUUUUAAAGUACAACGUGAAAGAUCACAUCCGCUUGAUCAGAUGUGUAGAAAUUAUUGAUGACACAUUCAAUUUAAUGCUGCUUGGUCUGUUAUUCUUCUUUGCCAUACUAUUUUGUCUUCAAGGAUUUCUAAUAAUUAACGUUGUUAAUCAAGGUGGUCGCUUGUCGUUCAUACAAUUUAUUUGGUACAUAUCCGCGAGUGCAGCUGUUUUAAUGCAUACAUGUCUUUAUUGUGCGGUCGGCGAACUACUUGUGACUCAAUCGGAUAAAGUACACCGCGCCACGUAUGAGUACAUAUGGUACACUUUGGAGCCAAAGGCAGUAAAAGAUUUGAUGUUCAUCAUGCUCCGUGCAAAGAAACCACUCAAUAUUACAGCAGGAAAAACAUUCCCGAUGACAAUGUCCACGUUCUGCAACUUACUAAAAACAUCAGCAGGCUAUAUAUCUGUGUUACUUGCCAAACAAGAUUAACGAUAUAAUUAGAGGGUAAAUUAGUCGCUUGUUCAGUAUGUACCAGUGUCAGAUUAAAAAUAUCGUUUAUAUAAAUUUUGUAUCACACAGAAAAUUGUAUUAAAAAAAUAGUUUCUUUAUACAUCAUGCUUCUGCAAUAUUGCAAUUUGAUGAUAUUGAUUCUUGUGUGCGUAAAGCGUCUCAUUAAUUAUUGAGAGUGGAAACUCAUUAAUUAUUGAGUUUCCUUUCUUUUUAAUAAUUCUAAAGUUCUUGGUACAUUACACAAAUAUAAUCUGGCCUCUAAAUUAAAAAGGUUGACAAACUGAGAUACCAAGUUCACGUUAAGCCAGAACUGUUUAAUGUAUCAAGAAUUCUAAAACAAUUAAAAAGGAAACUGAACAAUUAACGAGUUUU